UCCGCCUUGAAACUCGAACUUGUGUGUGAUAAUUGUUCUUGUGACUUGUUCUUCGUCGUUAUCUUCUUUUCUCCUGUGUUUGUUUUUUGUUACCUGAGAAAAUGUCUUGCUGCGGUGGUAACUGUGGAUGCGGAAGCUCCUGCAAGUGCGGCAGUGGCUGCGGAGGCUGCAAGAUGUACCCAGACUUGAGCUACACGGAGCAAACAACCACUGAGACUUUGGUCAUGGGAGUGGCACCCGUGAAGGUUCAAUUCGAAGGUGCUGAAAUGGGUGUUGCUGGUGAGAAUGAUGGCUGCAAGUGUGGAUCAAACUGCACAUGCAACCCCUGCACUUGCAAGUGAGCUUGAAUAGCAAAAGCUUGAAGCAGAGAUGGACCUUAAUUACAAUUAGCAGCAGGAAUAAUUACAAUAAUUAACUAUUAUCCGUAGUUAAAAACCUUAAAAUUAUGUAAGUCUGUGUGUCUGUUUUCGUUUUCUCUGGUGUUAGGUCUGAACACCCUUUAGAAUAAAGUGGUCAUGUCUUGCCCUUGAACAAGUUCAAGUGCUAUGGACUUGUGAUGGGAUUAUCUAGCCAUGGUUACUUUGGUUUGUUCUGUGUAAAGUUGGCUAAUCAGAAUUAUCAGUCUCUGCUUAUAAUAUUA